UGGAAAGCCCGUUGGUCCAAAUUGUCUAGGAGGCCAUUGUGACGAUCCUGAUGCUCAAGUACUAGAGAAGUCCUGUCAGCUCUGCUACUGUUACCAUGGACAGCUCGCGGCAGGAAUGCUUCAAGCAGCUUCGUGCGCCAUGUGUCGAAUUGAGUGCCGUGGGCCUCAAAUUUCGCGGUCGGCAAGCAUCGCCCAAUGAUGUUCUCCAGGCUCUUCAUCCAGUGCAUGAUGUUCUAAAUGAUCUUGCAAAGAAAAAUGCACUCGACGAGAAGCUAGCAGAAUAUGCGUUCUUUCCUUUAUCGCAUAUUUUCAACGAAACCCAGAGGAUCCCCGCUAACUGCCUAGAAUUGGCUGUUAAAUGCUUGCGACUCCUCAUUGUCGAAGGAUGGCGCGAGCGCCUAUCCCCACAGAUGGGCAAACAGCUCAUGAUCCUAUUAACGUUGAUCGUGGGCGGCACACCUAGCAAGGCCGGCACGGACGAGGCUUCAAAGUCCCAGCCUGUGGAAUUGGCCAUUGCAGGAUUUGAGUGUCUUUCGGCUAUAUUCAAAGUGCUGGAGGGCCCUAUUGCUGAGCGCACGAUUUACCACGAGAUCGGUACGGCAACUGUUGUAGACCAAACGGUGUACAUUCUGUUGGAAGGCGCCGUCGACGUAAAGUCUGACGAGGUGUGUGUCUCUGCUGCGCAUGCACUUGAUGCGCUCUACAGCCGCAUUACCGACCGAGUUGUUCUUGCUAGUGUGAUGCCGCGAACUGUCUCGGCUUUGGUAAAAGUCCUGAAACCUUCGACCCAGACACGGCGCUCUUACAAGCUUCUCUGUUUGUGUCUUCAUAUUCUCACUCGUAUGUUGAGAAUAGUCCUGAACGAUUUGGCCGCAAACGCCGAACCGGAGUCACUCACUCAGUCUGAGAAGGCGAGCGAUCGAAUUAUUCUUGAUCAAUCUUGGCUGAAAGCUACGGCCACUCAGAUGAAACUUGCACUUGCAAACAUCAUCCAAAUACGGCGGCACGAAAGGCAAGAGGUGCAAGAGUCACUAUUGGAGUUGUGCCUGAUGGUAGUGGAAGAAUGCCAGGAAACUCUACACGAGUCAAUCCCUAUCGUUGUCGACACUCUUGUUGUUCUGUCGGACUUCGAAGAGGGCCAAAUACCCAACAAAGCAUUUUCUUCACUCUCACACACUGCUACCGUCUACCCGGUCGUUCUGGACUCCCUGAAAAACUCCCUGCAUAUUUGGAUUACUGCCUUUCCAAGGACCAUGCAAAAUAAUGACGAAACAGCCAAGCAAUGGGCCCUCAAACAAAUAUCGACCGCGUUUCAAAUACUGUCCCAACUGCAAUCGGGAUCGGAUAUUCUCAAUAGCAGUCUCGCAUCAGGCUUAUGCGAUAGCGUCGCUGCUGCAGUGAAUCAGUCGACACAAAUGAGUUAUGAAACAUCGAAUGAUCAUACCUUGGAUGUUAUCCAUAGUGGCAGUAAAUCAAUCUCAUUUGCACCUGUGCUACUGGAACAUAGGAGUCAACAAAAGACUCUAGGAGAUCUACAGUCUAUGAUUCUCCGCCUCAAUAAAUCCGAUUCCGGUGGUGAUAUUACGCGCUUGGUCAUCAAUCGCAUCCAUCAAGGGAGCGGUACUGUCGGAAUUGCUCCUUUUUGGUUGGCAUUGGCAUUCCUCAAAAGCAACACCCAACCCUCAGCAGCUUUUGACGAUUUCCUAUCUGACGACGUCGGCUCUUCUUCUUUGCUUGCUAGUAGGGCCAGUAUGAUUGAAGAGCUAUAUUACAUCUCACUCCCAAUACUUAAUGAGCCCCUUGCCAAUGAGUCUAGAGAUUGGCGAGUCUCGGCACUAGCCUUGGAAGUGGUAGCAUUGCAAGCACAACAACUUCAAGAAGCGUUUCGCCCGGAGCUAAUGGAUGCAUUGUAUCCUGUGCUCCAGCUUCUAGCCUCCAGCAAUUCCAACCUCCAGACACAUGCCAUGACUUGUCUGAACAUUCUAACAACAUCUUGCAAAUAUGAAAGCACGAGCACCAUGAUCAUUGACAACGUUGACUACCUUGUUAAUUCUAUCGCGUUGAAACUCAAUACGUUCGACGUUUCACCUUACCCACCUCAAGUAUUAUUCAUGAUGGUCAAGCUGUGUGGCGUGCGGUUGAUUCCUUACCUCGAUGACCUGGUGGACUCAAUUUUCGGAAUCUUGGAUUUAUACCAUGGUUAUCCAAAGCUGGUAGAAAUCAUGUUCAAAACACUGGCCGCUAUUGUUGAGGAGGGGACCAGGAAUCCCAUGUUCCUCGCAAUCGAGAAUGGCGAAGGGAAAUCUGUUGAUCAUCGCAAGGAACACUACAAGAGAUUGCAGGUCUCUACCCUCGCGGAAGACAUAGCAAACCGCAAAGCAAAGCGUGCAAAGCAUUCCGAAGAACUAUCCGAAGAGCCGCACGAGAUGCCACAUCCCAAGCAGCCGUGGACCACAGAGUCGAAGAAACCCGACCAGUCGGACCAAGAAAUCAACCUGGACGAUGCACUGGGACAAGAACCCGACGAGUCAUUGCCACCCCCGCGUGAGCCUGACGAUCAAGAGAAACCAUUGAAUAAGUCUCACAAUCUACUGCUUCACAUCGUCAAAUCUAUCCCCUCUCAUCUAUCCUCUCCUUCUCCCUAUCUCCGCCGUUCUCUCCUCUCCAUCCUCAUCCAGGUUUCACCUAUCCUUGCAGCACACGAAAACAGCUUCCUACCACUCAUCAACGAUGUAUGGCCCUCAGUAGCCGCACGCAUCACCUUCCCUACCUCAUUUGGGCCCACAUCUUCAUCCAACGCCCUAAUGAACAAAACCCACUCCGAGACUACCACCCCCGAAACCAAAACCGGGCCUUCAGAACUCGACUUCCAAGAAGAAAUCUACGUCACCACAACAGCCUGUCUAGCCAUUGAACAAAUGUGCAAGAACGCAGGCGACUUCAUGGCCUCCAGAAUCGAAAACGAAUAUCCCCGCUGGGAACGACUCUACCGUCGAGCCUGGGAGAAAGUCAGCGCUGACGCAGAACGAGCCAUCGAGCGACGAGCAGCACAGCAGCAGACUUUGGACGCCCAAACCACCACCCUAGCCCCUCUAACUCAAUCCCUCUCCCUCUCCUCAACAGGGUCCGCUCCCUCUGGCACCCGCGCAUUCACACCCCACCACAGCCUCUGGCGCUCGCUCCUCUCCCUCUUCAUAACCCUCCUAACUCACGUACGUCUACCUCUCUCAACAGGGGACCAGAUCUGCGAGUUCCUAGGCGCAUGGAUCGCUCGAUUCGCCGGCCCAGACUAUUACAGCGUCUAUCAUCUCCAGAGUCACGCGGGAAACGCCUCACCAGAAGCAGAGAUCCAGUCCAUCGAAGCGGCCAUCCUAGCAAUGACAACCUGGAACGCAGACCUCACGUGGUUUGUUUUCGAGAAGCAAAGAGCCCAGGUGCUUGAUCUUACGACGAAGAAUACGAGAACCAAAACGCGCCAGAUGCAGGCACCCAUGAUCACGGAGGUCGAGGAUGAGCCUUUGAAGAGCUGGUCUAUGCCCGGGAGUGGGCUGAAAUUUGCGAUGUUGGCGUUUUGAGCAUAUUGUGGAUAUUGCAGAGCAUUCGAUUUUCGAUGUAAAUUUUGACAAUUGGUUGCAAAAGAGUUAUCAUAGGAUAAAUCUUCCUUUCUGGGCGUCCAAUUCUAUAGCUAUUUGAUAGAUACUACGAGAUUAAAUGCUGGAAUUGACUUCCCUUAUCCUAGUUACCGAUAGUAAACCUGCUCCAUGAGAUUAUGGGAUGAAUAGAUUUCAAGAGAAGUGAUUGAUUGAUGAAUGGCUAUCUGACCAAUUGAUAACAUUCCCUUGGUCUCUUUUACUGGUUCUGUUUUUCUGCCCGAAAAAAAGCACUGAAGUGAUUUAGCCGAUAUUCGGCAAAGUGAAUGAUUGAAUAAUAGUUGGUCUUAACAAGUAACGGCACGAACAUAGAAAGUUUAAUAGAGUCGAAUGAUGGAUCUUGAGAUCAGCAAUCUAUUCGUCAUCACUUUCCUCCUCCUCGCUCUCGGCGUUUUCGAGCCACUGCAGGAAGGGCUCGGCGGCCUUGCGAACCUUCUUGCUGGUGGAGAUGUCGACAUACUUCUUGCUGGCCUUAGAGCCCCAGGCCUUGAGGGUUUCCUCAGACACAAUGUCGUUCUCAUAGUAGCCAAGCAAGAUGGGAGAGAUCUGGUUGAGGAGUUCCGGGCGGUCUUUGCCGACGAAUCGCUCGGUACCACCCAAGAAAGACUUCUCGUGGCGCUCAGAAGUGAUCAUUUUCUUGAGAAGGCCGGCACGGGAAGCAAUCUGCUUGACGAUCUUCUCAUCGAAGAUGGUCUGAGCAAGGACAGCAACGGUCUUGUGCUUGGACUCAAUGCCGUACUCCUUGGCCUUGAUGUAGAUUUCCACAUCGUCAACGUUGGCAAUGCCACCUUUUUCAGUGGCUGCGUUGAGGAUCCAACUACCAAGCUCGUCGUAGGCCGAAGGACCAUCGGCUCCAUCCUCCUCCGCAUCUUCGAGGACAAGAGAACGCUUCAGGUCGUCGGGGAGAUCCUUAGCGCGGGCUUUGACAGCCUCCUCGGAGACAUCGACGGCCCAGUCAUCAUCCUCGAUUUCGUCGGCCUCGAUGCCCUUGGCCUCGGAUUGGAUGCGGCGAGUAAGCUCAUCAUCGCUGUUUGCAGCCAAGGCUUCGUCGCCAUUCUCAUCGCCGUUGUCGGAGUUGCUGUCUCCUGGGCUGCCGUUUUCUUCUCCGUUCGCCGUGUCAUCGUUCUUCUUCUUUUGCUCACGACGAGCCUUCUUGGCCGCCUUGUCCUUCUUUCCUCCCUUGCCGGUGGCAGUGUUCCGCAGAAUGAAGGUGCUCAGCUUCAAACGGGGGUCAACAUCGGAACGCUGGCCGCAAGCCUUGCAGUCCAGAAUAAUCUUGUCAUCCUUGAUGAUAACGUCGGUUUCCGGGUUCUUGCACUUCUUGCAAAGAACGAACUUGGAAAUGAAUCCGUCCAGGUAGUCUUGGAGCUUGGCAGCAUCAUGAGCACCGUUGAUGAUCCAACGAUCAUCAGUGGGCUUGGCGUUGGCCUGGGCACCGAGUUCAAAACCGAAGUACUUGAUCACAUAAGAUGGCGGACGGCUGAGAGACUGGGCGACCGAGUUCAGGUUCACGACGACGGUCUUGAUACCGUUGCCCUUGCCCUCAAUCUUGGACUGCAGGCGCUCCAUCUUGUAGCGGUAAAAGGGAUCGCUGACAUCCCGACGAAUGUUGACAGUGGCCAUGAUGACGAAGAAGAAAGUCUCUUCAAGAAAAAAUGAAUGGUCUUUUUAGAUGAAGGAUGUUCUAGGACGGGAAGAAAUCGGGACUCGGGAUGUCUUGAAAUAACAAGACAUGCGUAGUUGAUUUCCUUGAGUAGAAAAUGGUGGCGGUUGAGAUCGUCUCGACGAAACGACUGGUCACAGCGAAUAAGGCAGGCUUUCAGCCACAGGACUUUUGGUGUAUACUACAAGGUUUCGGCGCGAUGCGAAACGUUUGCAGCUUGAGCGGCAGGUGGUGUUCGAAAGAUCUGACGCAGGACGAAUACAUAGACAAGUUCUCGAGCGACUUGAUUCUGUGGCUUUCUCUGGCAGGUAGAGAGAGAAACCAACGGAUGGUUUUUCUGGAAGAAGAGGGCGAAAGACAACAGGUCAGAUCCCGCGCAAACGGAUAUUCCACCGUGGUGGAAAGACUUCAAUAAAAAACACCGUACACGACUAACCAGAGUGAAAAGGUGGGAGGCGACCAAAACGCGAGGCAAGUACCUAAAGCUGUAUUUAACAGCCUGGCAAGUUUGGAAGACGAAAUAACAGCACCAAGGGCUGAGAGGUUGAUGAUGGUUUGACUGCGAUGAGCGAUCGAUGGAAAAGUGGGUGGGAGAGAAAGAAAAGAGGAAGGAAGAAGGAAGGUCGAAAAACGGUGCCAA